AUGCAAAACUCCAGUCAUCGCAGCUGCACCGGAGUUGGAUCUGAAGAGGAGAAGGUAGCAUUUCGGUCCCAAUUAGCUGCAACUACAGCGAUCUUCACAUCCACCGCAUUCGAUUGCGAACCCGCAGAUGUUGAGGGAUUUUUCGAAAAUUAUCAACACACUACCGCUCAGGGCUUAUUGGCAUAG